AUGUUUAGCCGACAUCGCGCAUUUUUUGUGGACGGCCGUGGAUUACAUUCGCUAUAUCGAGCGAAGCAGCCACUGCACCAACUGUACAUGCGAGUCCGAGCUGCGCAGUCGUCAGCAGUAUCAAUGGUGCUGGACGCAAUGGGCAAAGUACCUGCCGGUAUCUUAAGCGGUAACAAUCUUUGGAUCGGUUCCUGGAGUGCAUGUCGGCGUAUAUCAGUUAUCAAAAAUCGACAGCAGUACGUGUUUUGGCCGUCACCGUCUUGA